CGGCCACAGGCCCUUCCCCAGCCCACUGCCAGCAGGGAUUGUGUCACUGCACAGGACCAGCUCCAUCCUUCCACACCCGAGCUCCUCCCAGCAGAUCACGGGGACUCAUCCCAGUGCUGGGCAGCUGCAGCUCCUUUUCCAUGGCUGCCAUCCCAGGGAGGCUGCUGGGGGCUGCUGGGUGUGCAGCCUUUGCAGGAGUUCAGCUUUCCUGGCUGCUGGGUGUGCAGCCCUUGCAGGAGUUCAGCUUUCCUGGCUGCUGGGUGUGCAGCCUUUGCAGGAGUUCAGCUUUCCUGGCUGCUGGGUGUGCAGCCUUUGCAGGAGUUCAGCUUUCCUGGCUGCUGGGUGUGCAGCCUUCGCAGGAGUUCAGCUUUCCUGGCUGCUGGGUGUGCAGCCUUCGCAGGAGUUCAGCUUUCCUGGCUGCUGGGUGUGCAGCCCUUGCAGGAGUUCAGCUUUCCUGGCUGCUGGGGUAGUGGUGUUGGCCAAGAGUUGUUGGGACAGUGCUGGGUUAGCGGCUGCUGCUUCCCUUCACAGCCUGAGGAAAGGGGUGCCCAGUGUUCCCAGCUCCUUGACCUGAGCCCCAGGGGAGUGCAGCCUCCUGGUCUGCAGUGGAACCUCUGUUCUGCCAGCCUGCUCUGCCCCACGGCUGCUUCCCAGCCCCCUCCGUGCUCCCAGGUAUCGCUGGGUCAGAUGCACUGGGCAGGAGGAGUAUCCACGCUGUGUCCCGGACCAGGCCAGCCCUAGUGGUGUACCUGGCCAUGGGGCUGUCCAUGAGGAUCCCUGGUGUCACACCGACCCUUCAGGCCCUGCAGAGGGACAGCUGCAGCCUGGCCACAUCCAUCCCCUCAUGGUCUGUGGGUUUUGGCCCCUGUGUGGUUUGGGUUUCACUUCCGAGGGUGACAGAGCCGCUGUGAGAGCCGGGUGGGUGUGAGCUGUCACCGGGGCCGGCUGCGGUCCUGCCCCGGCGCCUCCCGGCGCUGCGCUGUCCCCGGCUGCCCCCGCAGCUCUGUCCCGCAGGGACCCCCAGUGCCAGCACCCCCUGACCCUGCGGUGGCACAGACGGCCCAGCCCUGCCCAGGGCCGGGGGAGGUGAAUGGGGGCUGCAAGCCGGGGGUGGCCAGGGGAGACACGGCUCUGUGCCAGCGCCCGGUGCCACCCUCACCCAAACCAUGUCCCACAGCCAAAGCCGGGACUCCCGCGGGCCUGGCCCUGGUGUCCAUGCGGUGCUGAGAGCCUCGGUGUCCCGCCGGGAUGGCCGAGCAGCCCCGGGGGCGGCCCCGAGGCGGGUUCGGGGAGCAGGAGUGCCCCGCUGGGGCACAGGGAUGCGGUGUGGACCAGCACCGAGGUGCGCUCGGCUUCAACUUCCUUCCCGGCGCCGAGCCCAUUUCCUCCGGCAUCACGUGCGGGGUGUGGGGCUGGGACAGCCCGGCACGGCUCGGCUCGGCUCGGCCUCGGGGCAGCCCCACAGCAGCAGAGCUCCCAGCACCAGCGAGGAUGGAACCCACCAAGCUCCCACUCACCAAGAGGAUGGCUCCUGCUCCCCCCGUUCCUGCCAAGACCAAACCAGCCCCUGUGCUGGCCACCAAGCCCAGUGAGCCGCAGCCCAGCGCCUCAGCUGACAUGGAGGGGGGCAGAGCCAGUGACCCAGAUGCCAAUGGCUUCGACACCGUGGCAGUCACCACAGCCAGGCUGAGCCACCCCACGGCCACACGGCCACGAGUGCCCGGCCAGCGGCCACCCAGCAUCGCCCUGGGGAGCACGGGGGGUCCCCGUGGGGGGGAGCAGCCCCAGGGGCUGCCCCGUGCUGCCCUCUGUGCCCCUGUCCCCAGCACAAGGCAGGUGCCAGUCCUGCCAUGGAGCACAGAAGGGCUGGAGGUGUUGGAGGGGAGGUCACUGGCCCUGGAGGAUCUAAAGGCUGAGGUCCGGACCCUGCACAUCCUUGUGGACCUGAUGCGAGUGCAGCACCUGCGGGACCUGCAGGACCUGCGGCAGGAGCUGUGCCAGGAGCGGGUCCAGCGCCAGGCGCUGCAGGUGAGUCCCUGGCAGGGGCUGCCUUGUCCUGGGGUCCCCUGUGCCCCCCAACAAUCACAGCCUCUCCCCACAGGUGGAGAUCGAGCGAGUGAGGAAGGGGCUGCCCUGUUAGCUCGGGGGGCUGUGGAGCCCACCCAUGGCACGGGGCAGGUGGGUGGCACAUGGUUCUGUGCCCCCCAACUGUGCUGCCCCCAGCCCAGUUCUGCACCCAUCCGGUACAAAUGCCCAGCCCACACCCAGACACUGCUCCUUGAAGCAUAACAGCCCCUGGACCUAUAGAAAUUGUUUAAAAUAAACUAUUUUGGAUACAAAGUGCUGUGUGGGGGUGCUCAGGGCACCACUGUUGGCUGCCAUGCCCCCGAAGGGCUGGGCUGGUCCUGCCAGGCACAAAGGGUCCCACCAUGGCAGAAGGGGUCCCACCCGGGCCUGUGGCAGGGUUGGGGCAGGGCCUCCUCCUCCUCCUCCUCCUCCUCC